GUCGGGCCUGGUGCCUGGGGGUACUCAGUUGGUGCUUGUUGGCUGGUUGAAGGAGUGAGUGGGUAAAUGAAUUGGAAACUGAGGCAGGGACUCUGGCUCACCCCUCACUUAUGCACACAGGAUGCUCCCACUGGCUCACUUUCACACAUACCCCCACAUUCACACUCACACUCACACAUUCAUGUGCGUUCAUCCCUGAUUGCCCACCCCUCUUCACCCACACGCUCCCAUGAACUCACACACUGCCCAACCCAGGCUCCAGAUCUCAGGAAGCUUCCGCCUCCAGCCCCAAAGCUCUGUUCCCAUGGGAUUUCUGAGCUCAAUGCUUCUUGGUCACUAGGGAUGCCCUGCCCAGUCGUGCCACUCACCACAGUGGCUCUUCUGAGCUCCUCUCUUCUCUCUCCAUUUUAUAUCCCAAGGCCACUCUCUUUCCUCUGCUCCCUGUCUCUGAUUUUCUCUCUCACCCCCAUCCAGAGACACACAGACCCAAAUGUGCACAGGCGCCCGCUCACUGACUGUGUCUGGUUGUGGACCUUCCCUGGUCUUUGUCUGUGUAUCUCCUUGUUCCUCUCAUCUCUCCCGGUGUUUACAUCUUUUUCCCUGAGCCUCGCUCCCUCCAUCCCUUCCUCCACCCUCUCAUUUUUUUUCCUGACUCCGUCCCACACCCCCCUUCUCUCCUUCGAUUUUCCUGGUCCCUCAUCUCUCCUCCCUCCUAUUCCUCACCCUCAUGCUCUCUUUCUCACUUGCUUUCUCUCUCUUGCUUUUCCUCUUUCUCACCUCAGCUCCCUGGCAUUGGGUGCUGCCUAUACCCGACCUGGCCCCUUGCUCUAUGAGAAGCCUCUGUGCAGUGCUCAGGUCCUGGUUGCCCAGCUUGGAAGUUCCCGUGGCACCCGCUGAGAGGCCCUAGGGUCACAGCAUUUCCUCCCGGGGGUGACUUGGCAGUGAUACACUCUGUUUCCUCACUUCUGCAACUGCCAGCCGCGCAGAGACUGAGGCUGGGGCCAGGACCCAGGCAGAGACACACAGCCCCUGCAGCUGCAGCCACUGCCCCUACUACAGGCACUGCCAGGGCCAGGACCAGUUGAUCCUUCCAGCCCACAGCAAUGGAGCCACAAGACUCCUCCCACGUGGACUCUGAGUUCCGAUACACUCUCUUCCCGAUUGUUUAUAGCAUCAUCUUUGUGCUUGGGGUCAUUGCUAAUGGCUACGUGCUGUGGGUCUUUGCCCGCCUGUACCCUUCCAAGAAACUCAAUGAGAUAAAGAUCUUCAUGGUGAACCUCACCAUGGCGGACAUGCUCUUCUUGAUCACCCUGCCACUGUGGAUUGUCUACUACCAAAACCGGGGCAACUGGAUUCUCCCCAAAUUCCUGUGCAACCUGGCUGGCUGCUUCUUCUUCAUCAACACCUACUGCUCUGUGGCCUUCCUGGGCGUCAUCACUUAUAACCGUUUCCAGGCAGUGACUCAGCCCAUCAAGACUGCUCAGACCAACACGCGCAAGCGUGGUAUCUCUUUGUCCCUGGCUAUCUGGGUGGCCAUUGUGGGGGCUGCAUCCUACUUCCUCAUCAUGGACUCCACCAACACAGUGUCCAACAGUGCUGGCUCCGGCAAUAUCACCCGCUGCUUCGAGCAUUACGAGAAGGGCAGCAUGCCAGUCCUCAUCAUCCACAUCUUCAUCGUGUUCAGCUUCUUCCUGGUCUUCCUCAUCAUCUUCUUCUGCAACCUGGUCAUCAUUCGUACCUUGCUCAUGCAGCCGGUGCAGCAGCAGCGCAAUGCUGAAGUCAAGCGCCGGGCGCUGUGGAUGGUGUGCACGGUCUUGGCGGUGUUUAUCAUCUGCUUUGUGCCCCACCACGUGGUGCAGCUGCCCUGGACCCUGGCUGAACUGGGAUUCCAGAACAGCAACUUCCACCAGGCCAUUAACGACGCACAUCAGGUCACCCUCUGCCUCCUUAGCACCAACUGUGUCUUAGACCCUGUAAUCUACUGUUUCCUCACCAAGAAGUUCCGUAAGCAUCUCUCCGAAAAGUUCUACAGCAUGCGAAGCAGCCGGAAAUGCUCCCGGGCCACCACAGAUACAGUCACUGAAGUGGUUGUGCCACUCAACCAGGUCCCUGGCACUCCCCUCAAAAAUUAGUCCCUGCUUGUUGGGACCAGGCCUGAAGUCUUCUCCCCUUGGACAUCAUGAACUGAGCUGGGGAAGAAGGGAUAUCUGCUGUGGUCUGGGUACCACCUCCGUGGUACUGCCACCUAAUAGCACUGGUGGGCCAUUAGGUUUGGAGGCUAAUUCACCCGGGCAGGGAUGAUGGCAGAGCCAGACUGUCAGAAAAUCCAGAACUCAAAUGAGCCCCUUCAUCCGCCUGUGGGCGUGUACUGUAGUAACUGUGGUGGACUACCUCAUCCUGAGUCCCUUAAUCUUAUGGGGCUGGAAGGAAUGCCAGGGCCAGGUGCAGAGGUGCAGACACUGGGGGAAGACUUUGAGCCGCCUAGUUCUCCCCGACGGGGCAUCAGUCUAAAGCUUUGGGCAAGCACUCUCAAGUGAUAGAGGCAGAAAUGGGAGUUGGGAAAGGGACACUGCCCUCUCUGUGUGGCACUAUCUUGGGGCAGACUUAAGAGCUAGGAUGAUGCCAUUCUCUCUCUACCCUCAGGCACAAGGUCUUUGUGACCUUUCUCAGGGGAAGUGCCUUGAUGGAACCUUCUCUGACUCCCCUGGCAACCUGUCCCGAAUGGUGACCAGAGAAAAUAAAACAUGAACAGACCAAAAGCUAGGAAAGGAGCUUGCUUCCCAAGGCAGACGUGUCUCUCCACAAAGGCCUCGCCUCUGGCCUGGUCAGCUCUGGGGGAGUGGGAGAGAGAUGCCCACCUCCUCCAUCCUUCCGUCUCAACAACAGUCACUAAUUAAGUAUCUUCUGUGGGGCAGCCACCUACUGAGGAUGGGCAAAGGCCCCUUGAGAGCAAAAUUGAAGCUGGAUGCAGUGGUUCAUGUCGGUAAUCCUAGCACUUUGGGAGGCCGAGGCAGGCAGAUCACCUGAGGUCAGGAGUUUGAGACCAGCCUGGCCAACAUGGUGAAACCCCAUCUCUACUAAGAAUACAAAAAUUAAGGCCAUGUGCUGUGGCUCGUGCCUAUAAUCCCAACACUUGGGAGGCUGAGGUGGGUGGAUCAUUUGAGGUCAGGAGUUUGAGACCAGCCUGACCAAUAUGGUGAAACCCUGUCUCUACUAAAAAUACAUAAAAAUUAACUGGGCAUGGUGUUGCAUGCCUGCCUGUAGUUCCAGCUACUUGGGCAGCUGAGGCAGGAGAAUCGCUUGAACCCAGGAGACGGAGGUUGCAGUGAGCUGAGAUCUCACCAUUGCACUCCAGCUAGGAUGACAGAGUGAGACUAUGUCUCAAAAAAAAAAGAAACAAAAUUGGGGCUGUCCAGGCCAGGACAUCUCGAUGUCCAGGGGCUUCCAUGCGAACAGGCUUGUGGGCUGGGAAGUGUGUGAGGCCCCUGGGUGGAAGAUUGUGUCAGUUCCUCUCCCCUUCCUUGCCCUCUGGGAGGCUCCUCUUAACACAGCUUCCAGGAGGUGGGAGGAGCAGUUACUGUCAGCAGAUGUCAGCCAGGUGUCAGUUUCUCUUGAGGAUCUCUAGAUGUCUGCUUGUGAUUUUUGGCAAGUAUAUGCAAAUGAGCCGCCUCUCCUGCCGAGACAAGUACCUGCAGUGUCAAUCUGGCAGCCUCAGACCCAAGGGGCUCAGAGGAAAUGUCUCUGGUUUGCAGAGCGCUGUGCUCUUUCAGAGGUCUUCCUUCCUCCCAGUCGGUGUCCCUGUGAAGCUGGGAUACUCGCAUCCUGUGCACCUGGCAAAUGCCAAUUGUGGAUUUUGAGAAAUGUCUCCCCGUGGGCCAGUAAACUGCUGAAGUCUGGGAUGGUAGCUGUGGGCUGGACUUGGCUGAUAACGUGACUGGGUGCCUAGUGCAGCACACUUGAGCUUCAGUGUCACAGAGGCCUGGCUCAAGUCUUGGUUGUGUCAUUUCCUGCUGAGAGACCAGGCGCUGAAUUUCCUACCUCUUGGGGUCAUUGUCUAUGAGGUUAAAGCUACCUCAUGGGAUUGUUAUGAGUGGCCAAUGUUGAGGUAGACACCUCUUGAUCAGGGCGACUGCUCAUCCUAGACCCUCCCCCUUUCCUGAGAAUUUCCGCCCCCUGAUGCUCUGAUGGGAGCAGAAAAGAUGCAAGGUGGGCAUCUAGAGCAGGAAUGCUGUUCAGGCUUUGCAGGUCUUUUACCUGAAAACAUAGAAACUCUGGAGCUGUGACUGUGUCUGUGUGUGUUGGGGGGAUGGCCACCUGCAUGAGUGUAGUGGAGAAAAUGGCUCUGCUCAGAGAAAAGAUACGCAUAGCAAGGCAGAGACCAGGGGAAUCACAGGUGCCUGGAGAGCAACGGGGUGCCUACCGUCUCCAGGGACCUGCUGGCCUCCUUCCACCCUCCAGGGACCCAGCACUCUUUCCGUUGGGCCCUGUGAGAGUCCCUUGUCAGGAUAUAUUCUCUUACUUUGCUGAAGCUGAUUUGAUUGAGUGUCUAUGACUCACAGCCAAAAGAACUCUGAACAAGAACAAUGCUUCUGUGCUCACUCCAGUGUCUCCUGAAUUUCAGUCAUUUGUGUACCCGCCUUGAAAUUUUUGCAAUAUCCAUGUACCAACUAUAUGUUUACUUAAUAAAUUUUUCUUUAAGUCA